GAUUUCUAGCUCUUGCAGGCAUGGAAGAAGAAGAGAAUCGCCAAUCCCCAGUAAGGGAGGAUCCUGCACGAGGUGGUGAGAAGCCACCCAGUGAACCUGCUCUUGAUUCAGAUUGGGACCAAUCAGGUGCCCUCUGCGUUGGCCAAGUGAUCAUUUUGAAAGCUUUGCAACAAGCUGUGGACCCUGGCUUGGCAGCUGAACUGCAAGAUCCAGCAAAUGAGAAAGAUGCAGAAUGCAAGCGUACAAGCCGAAGAAAAUGGUGCAGGAGCUCCAAAUCUGAAGGGCCUGGAAGAGAUGAACUGGGAAGUGGGGACCCUGCAUUGGCCUGCGAUAGGAAUGGUCUGAUGGGUGAGGUUCUUGAUGCGCCUUCUUCUGGUGUGAUGCCUGCUUUGGCUGGAGUCUUGGAUUACCUGGAAUGGAUUUACCAUUUGCCCCAAGAAGUAGAGAGCCCCAUAGGGACCCAAGCGGUUUAUGAAGAUGAAGAAAUGGAAGAGGUGGAGCUGGUCGCUGAGGUGCGGCUGGGAGAUGUUAGUGCCCUGUCAGGCGUCUUUAGAAGAAACCUGUCCUGGAGGAUGCAGAAAUCUGCCUGCCUUGGAUCAUCUGCACCCUGCUGGAGAGGAAGCAGCACCUGUCCCGUUGGCCAGCCUUUGCUCUUAGAGCAGCCCUAUCUUCUGGACCCACACAGAACUAUGCCUAUCAUGGACAAGGCUAGUUGGACUUCUCUUUUAGGCAGAAGCAAGGUUUCGAAGGUCCCUAAAGCAGAUAGGACUUCUCCUUCACCUUGCUUAGGCAUGACUCUGGGAACUGGCAUGGGAAUUUCCAGUGGGGGGCAGCAACGCCCCCAGAGUGCCACUGGUCGGGAAUCUGAAUCCCAGCAGAGAUCGCAGCCACCACCCUCCAACUCCAUAGAUAAGGCUGAUUCCAGCACUUCUUCUUCAUCGUCUUGCUCAUCAUCAACCUCCUCCAUGUCCCGCCACCAAGGCCUGCCUGGAGAAGGUGGCAGUGCUGGCUCCUCGAACCCUUGUCCCCCAAUGCAUUCCCCAGACUUAGAUAUUUAUGAUCCCUUUCAUCCCACUGAUGAGGAUAACCUUAAUGGUGACUUUGGCUUUGGCGAUUCUCCCAACAAGGAUUCAGAGGGUGGCCGGCAUGACCAGAAAUAUGAUCCCUUUGAUCCCACAGGCUCCAACCCUAGUUCCUCUGUUAGUACUCCUUCACCUGAGGAGGAGGAGGAUGAAGAUGAUGAUGAGGAAGAUGACCAUGACCAGAAUCCUCCAGACAUGUCCCAUAGCAUUAGUCGCAUCUCAGAAACUUUGGCUGGCAUCUAUGAUGAAAAUAGUUUGAGCCAGGAUUUCCCCAGCUCUGACAAAGGACAAGAAGAUUCAGAGCCAGAGGCAGAACCUGAUGGGGAAUAUGAAAGCAAGGCCACAUGUCCCGCUGAACCCCCUGAGGGCAAAGAGCUUCCGGGUGCUGAUUCCACCCUGCCUGAGGAGCUUCCCUCAGAACAGGCUGAAUCUCAAGCACCUGAGCCACGCCGUCGGGUAUUUGUGGUAGAUCUGGCCCCCAAAGGCCGCUUGGAUGUGGAAGCCAAGCCCCAGCUGGAAGGAAAAGUGUCCCUAGAAGUGGUGACAGUUGGAAAUGCCAAACUGAGGAGUGGGGAGAAGACAUCCAAAGGUGGGCAUCACCGAGCUGGGCGGCGGUCAUCAAUGGAUUGGGACGGGAGUGGUGGUGGUGACUCAGAAAUUGAAGAAGGGGAGAUUGUUCAGCCUGAAGAUGAGCGGUACAGUCCCAUUCGACUCUUCCGGAGCAGAUGCCGAACUGCUGAACAGCGUACCCUGAGAGUCGUGGAAGGUGAUGAUUUCCUGUCACUCCAUGCAGACUCGGAUGAUGAAGGAGCCUUACAGAUUGACUUUAGUGAGAACCAACCUGACCCACGUUGGAAAGGGGUGGACUUGAGGCGGAAGAUUCUGACUCAGCGCCGAGAGCGCUAUCACCGAGCUCCAUCGCCACUGCCUCCACCCCCACCCCCACCCGCCCCAAAGCGUCCUGCCUCCAAAUCCCACUCAGGUUCUAGUUCUGGCUCAUGUAAGAAAUCCAAACGGGAACGCAAAAGAUCUCGUGAACGUAAGGCCUCAAAACCCAAGGAGUCUUACACCUCGUCAUGGAACCCCAAGAAGAAAUCCAAGUCACGCUCAAAAUCCAAGGAACUCCGGCAGUCACGUCACAGAGCCUCAAGGUCCCGCUCACAUCAUCGAACCUCCCGUUCCUGGUCACCAUCCAUCAGCACAAGCUUGUCAGCUGUUGGCUCAUCACACACAUCUGCAGAACGACGCAAGAGCAGGAAGUCUAAGUCAAAGGAGAAGCGCCGUGGGCGGCAUUCCCGGUCACGCAGUAGUAGCCGUGCCCAUCGCAGUCGGCACAAAGACAGACAUAGGGGGGAUGGUGGCAGGAAGAAGAAGAAACGCUCCCGCUCCCGGUCACGUGAGAAGCAUUCCUCCCAUCGGUUAUCCAAGGACAAGGAGCGGGAGGUCCACCUUUUGGAGGAACCCAAGACUGAGAAGGCCCUGAUAGAGCGUCGGAGAGAUGCACGAACUGUGGUGCCCCCCUCGAUCCAGGACCUCAAUGACAAUGACCUCUUCACCAUCAAACGGACCAUUACAGUCAACCAGCAAGAGAAAAUGGAGGGGCUGCUGGAGACGCCAGAGAGAGCUAAGCGGGAGGUGCUUUACGAUUCUGAAGGAAUGAGCUUUGAUGCCUGCUUCUCAGACCGAGAGCCUGCUGAGGAGUCCAAGUCCAGUGGAGUGCGCCUGACAGCCAAAGAGGAUGUCGCCCCAUCCCGCAAGGACAAACGGCCUGAGGAGGACACCAAGCUGAAGAUGCCCAAGGAGAAAGAGCGCAAGAGAGCUUAUCUCGAGGAUCGCCCUGGUGCCCGGGAUAAGUACAAGAAAAAGUUGAAGGAGGUCCCACCCUGUUCUGAACAACAAGAAUUGCCUAAGGCUGAAAAAAAGGCCCGGACUGACAGGGACAAGACUGGGAAAAAGGUUAAGGCUGGAGGCCACAAAGAAAGUGGCAAGUUAGGUUCAGGCCGGAAGGUGAAGCUCCAGUCCAAGGUAGCUGUGUUGAUCCGUGAAGGGGUAAGCAGCACCACCUCAGUGAAGGAAGUGGGUUCAAUUGGGGUGAAGUUUAGCCGGGAUAAGGAGAGCCGUUCACCUUUCCUUAAGUCGGAGGAGAAGGUGUUGAUGGUUGGAGCUUCAGCAGCAGGGCAGGGUGAAAUGGCUGAUGUCAAGGAGCCAGGCUUCAAACCCAAGAAAGUAAAAGGACUGAAGGCUAAAAUGGGUGUGAAAAAACUGAAGGGCAUCAAGCCAAAGGGAACCUCUGAGCCCAAGAAAAAGAAGAAGCUGAAGGUGAAGACAGGGCUGAAGAAAUCCAAAGCUGACAGCUGCAGUCAGGGUGCAAGCAGUCCUUUGAGAGUCAAGGAGGAACCCUCCUGGUCUGGUUCAGAGAAAUCAGAGGGCACGGCCAAGCCGCCAAGCCCUCAGCCGUUGGUGCCCGACCAGGAACUUACUCCUGACUCCCAGACAGUGGACAGCAGCUGUAAGACACCUGAUGUCUCCUUCCUUCCUGAAGACCCCCCAGUUGAGCAACCUAGGGUGCCAGCAGAGGAGCCUGAAGCAGAUAGCUUGUCUGAGACCAAAGAGGAGCAGCCACUUCAGCAGCCGUCCCAUACACCUCGUAGCACACCUCAGCCUCCACCUGCUCCCAUGUCCUGGAAUCUGCAGGGUGGGGUGGACUGCACCAGUGGUGUACUGGCAUUGACUGCCCUGCUCUUCAAGAUGGAGGAGGCCAACCUCGCCAGUCGGGCAAAAGCCCAGGAGCUUAUUCAAGCAACCAAUCAGAUUUUGACGCAUACCAAGCCCUCAGCCUCCUUGAACCCUCCUCAGCCACCAGCACCACCAAUCCAUCCACCUGCUUCACACCUGGCUGUACCGCCUGUCUCUUAUCUGCUUCAGGGUUCCCUGCCUCUAGGAGGAUGUGGUUCGACCCCUGGCACCCCUACAGGAGUGUUGCCUGGAAAUUUAAGCCAGACUUCAUCAGGCCCUCCCUCAGCUGGCAUCUUUGCUUCCUCAUCUGCCACCGAUCUGGGCAGCACCAGCUCUGAUGGACGAGGAGAUAGUGAUAAGUAUCUGAAAAAGCUGCAUACGCAAGAGCGAGCAGUGGAGGAAGUGAAGCUGGCCAUCAAACCCUAUUACCAGAAAAAGGAGAUCACCAAGGAAGAGUACAAGGACAUCCUGCGCAAAGCCGUCCACAAGAUCUGCCACAGCAAGAGUGGAGAAAUUAAUCCCGUUAAGGUGAACAACCUUAUCAAGGCCUACGUCCAGCGAUACAAGUACUUUCGAAAACAUGGACGCAAGAUGGAUGAGGAGCCGUGUCUUCCCAAGGAAAUAGGGCUAGACAAGUCUGGCUUGCCCAUGCCCCCGCUCUGAUCUUAUCUGAUUGCGCGGAGGGAAGGAGAAUCAAAACGGCCCUUUAUGCAAGUAGGCUUGGCUGAGGCCCACUCCCUGUGCCCCUCCUAUACUGUGUGAGGCAUGUGGAAGGGGGUUGGGGCAAACCUGUUUGUUUGGAGAGAGGUGGCAUUUCAAGAGUGCAGGUCUUGUGCAUCUGCUACCUGCCCUGGGCCCCCUCCCCCCAAACACUUUUCAUGGUUUUAGCCACAAAUUGACUGCGACUGGUGUUUUACCCUGUAAAUACAGAUGGAAGAGGAUGGGAAAGUUUCAGUUUCACCACUCUCAAGUGCCCGUGAUACUGUGAGUGGACACUAUUCCUCCUGAGCCCUCCCUACACGUAGUUUUUACUCAUUUAGCAUGUUUUUAAUUUGAUGGUUUCUUCUUACCCUUCCCAUCAAUAGUCAGGACACAGCAGUACCAUAAUUGACCUAGAAAUGGCAGUUUCUUGCUGCUAUACUGGGUGAGUAAUGCACCCCUCACCUCCUCCUUCUCCCAGUUGUAAGUUUGUCUGUCAUACUCUUCCCCGCCUUAUUUCUCUUCAUAAAAUUGCAUUUAGCCAUCUAAACUGA